AUGCGUCGCUCCCUCUUCCUGCAGAGCCCUGCGCAGUCCUCGUCCCCCGCCGCCCCGUCGCCCGAGGCCCUGUCGCGCCUGCUGUACCCGGCGCACCGCGACCUGCGCGCGCGCGCCUUCGAGCUGCUGCGCGAGCCGGUGUUCCGCCUGCGGUACAACGAGACCGUCGCCAUGGAGCGCUCGCGCACCACAGCCCGCAUCGCCCGCGUGCGCCAAGCGGGGCUGCUGCGAGACACCGUCUCGCGCGCCAACGAGGCCGGGUCGCGCCGCUACGACGUCCUCAUCGACGUCCUGGCCCUCCUGGACCACUCGCUGGAGAUCCGCUUCGGCGUCAACCUCGGCCUCUUCUGCGCCACCAUCCGCCGCCUCGGCUCGGAGGAGCAGUACACCCACUGGCUCCCGCGCAUAGAGGACGGCCGCGACGUCGGCUGCUUCGCUCUCACCGAGCUGGGGCACGGAAGCAACGUCCGCGGUAUCCAGACCACGGCCAGGUAUCUCCCCGACGUCCAGCAAUUUGAGAUUCACACCCCGCACGACCUGGCCCAGAAGUUUUGGAUCGGCGCCGCGGCGGAGACCGCCAACGUUGCCGUCGUCUUUGCACAGCUCACCGUCGACGCCGUGCACCACGGCAUUCACAUCUUUAUCGUCCCGCUGCGCAACAAGCAUGACAUGUCGCUUUGCGACGGCAUCACCAUUGCCGAUUGCGGCCCGAAAGCGGGGCUCAAUGGCGUUGACAACGGUCGCAUUUGGUUUGAUCGUGUUCGUGUGCCGCGCGAGAACAUGCUGUCGAGCAUGUCCUCCGUCUCCCCUGACGGCCGCUACUCGUCGUCAUUCACGUCGCCGGACGCGCGCUUUGGCGCCCAGCUCGCCGCCCUUACGGGCGGCAGGGUCGGCAUCGCAUUUAAUGCCAUCGAGAUCGCCCUGCUUGGGCUCACCAUCGCCAUUCGCUACUCGGCCAAGCGUAGGGCAUUUGCACCCAAAAAGGGCGCCGAGGAGGUGCCGCUAUUGUUUUACACGUCGCAGCAGAGGCUACUCAUGGUGCCGCUUGCUACGGCGUUUGUGUACGCGUUUUGUGCAAGGGAUUUGAGAGAGAUGUACUACAAAUCCAUUACAACGGGGUCGAUUGGCAAGGAUGUUCACAGCUUGUCUGCUGGUUACAAGGCCAUGUUUUCGUGGUUUAUGCAAGACACGCUCCAAAAGGCGAGGGAGGCAUGCGGAGGCCAAGGGUAUAGGAGCGAGAAUCGCAUCGCACCGAUCAAAGCAGACCGAGAUGUUAUGCUCACGUUUGAAGGUGCGAACGGUGUGAUGCUGCAACAAGUAGCCAAGGUGUUGCUCGCGGAGCUCGGUGCGGCGGCCAAGAACGGGGGCACGUACGCCAAGGACUCGGUUGUCGAGGCGCUCAACACGCCGCCGCCACCUUUUCCAAGUGGAAGCUGCAACAGCAGCAAGAAGUUAGACCAGACGUUUAUCUACGCGGCGCUCUGGAAACGCGAAGACAAGCUGGUCAAGCAGCUCGGCGAGCGGUAUGGCAGGAUGGUGCGGCACUGGAACGGGUCCGCGUUUCAAGCGUGGAACGACUGUCUGAGCGUGGCCGAGGCGGCGGCGACGGCGCACAUGCACCGGCGGAUGUACGACGCGCACUUGGUGCAUGUCAAGCAUGCGUCUGUAGCUGACGCAGCGAGCGGCGAAGCGUUGAGGUUGUGCGGGCGCGUGUGGGCGGCGAAUACGAUUGCGUCGGACGAGAGCUUUUUGAGGCUGGGGUGCAUCAGCGCGGCGCAGGCGACGGACGUAGUGGAGCAGAUUGAUGACCUGUGCAAGAAGAUGACGAGCAUUUCAGAGGCGCUGCUCAAGGGGGUCGGGUUUCCCGACCACUUGCUCGCGCCAAUUGCCGUCGAUUUUGUUGCUCACAACGCGCGCGCAAAACUGUAACUCUCCCCGUAGAUUCAGUAUGUAGACUAGCACUCUGUCGGAGGAGAACAUAAUGUAGUGUGAUAAUAGAUGGUCUGGCAAUUAACGUACAGAGCUGCACUGUUUGACGAAGAAUAGAAAUGAACUCUGCUUUCUCCGGCAGACAACUUUCUCCGGUGGGCAUCUUU